UGGGCGGUUCAACAACGCGCGUAAAGCUUCUCCAAUGUUGUCAUUUUGAGAUUGCAGCGCGGUUGUAGACUAUUGUUGAUGUCAAAGACGCAUGUAGAACAAAGUAUCGCUGUCUUUUCAUUAUUUUAUUGGUCGUAUUAGAGACGGAUUUACAGAAUCUUUGGAAUCAUGAGUAAAGUGCAAGGUGGGAUGAAAUGCGUGAAAUAUCUUCUUUUUGUUUUCAACUUCAUAUUCUGGCUGUGUGGCUCGUUGGUGUUGGCAGUGGGGUUAUGGUUGAUGUUUGACCCAAAGACAGACCAGCUCCUGAAUGAAGAGGGAGCCCCCGAGACCUUCUUCAUAGCCGUGUACAUCCUGAUUGGUGCAGGCGGGGUCAUGAUGCUGGUGGGAUUCUUUGGUUGCUGUGGAGCUGUGAAGGAGUCACAGUGUCUCCUUGCGUCGUUCUUUGCCUGCCUUCUUGUAAUCUUUGGUGCAGAGGUUUCCGCAGGUGUGUUUGGAUUCAUGAGCAAAGACCAGAUCAUCGAAGACGUUCAACAAUUCUAUAGUGAAUCUAUUUCAGAGAAUUCUGAAAAUUCCAACGGCACUGCUGUAGCUGAAAUGUACCACAAUGUUCUGAAUUGCUGCGGUGUCUCCAUGCCUUCUUCUUUGUGUCCUGAUGCUGAUGAAGACACAAAGGACUGUCUGAAUGCAAUAAUGGUAUUUUUCAAUGAAAAGCUCUACAUUAUCGGAUAUGUGGGGAUUGGUGUAGCAGGAGUAAUGGUCAUUGGUAUGAUCUUCAGUAUGGUCCUCUGCUGUGCAAUUCGGAACAACAGGGAGGUGAUAUAGACUGACCCCGUAUCUCUACCCCUCCCACCCUGCAGACCCACCAGCCCUUUUGUAAUCGCCAUGCCUGAAUGAGGAGGUGACAUCACAUCUGGGCUGGAUGACAAGGGGCGCCUUUUUUGAAUCUUUUUUUUUUUUAACACAAACCAUACAAGUCCAUGGGGUCAAUUUGGUGGUGUGGGUGUGAUAUCACACCCGACAUAUCACCAGGAUUUCCCCAUCCCCUAGACAGUGGCCAGCACUGUGUGGAGCCAAUGGGACCAGGCCAUCUCUCUUUCCUCUGGCAUCUCUGUAAACUAAAUAUCUGGUCCCUCUCUGCGCUUCUCUCCAAGCGCAACAUGGCUCAGGAUUUGGCAGUACACUGAGACACUCCCCAUUUUUCCCCUCUAACACUGCUAGCAUUCCAUGUACGUGUAAUGUCUUCCUUUUUUGACGAAAGAAAUGUGAUUGGCGGAGGAGCAUUGCUGUAAAUACAGACUCCCCUUUUUUGUGUGUGCUUUUAAAAAAAAACGUAUUGAUCCAAUGUCUUUGGUAACCUCAGCUUAAAAGGGCAAUCAGCAGUUGAAACAAAGUGUGUUACCAACCCAUUUUGGUAAAAAGCUGAGGGAUGGGGCUGUAACCACUCUCAAAUGAAUAGACAGAGCUAUGGAUGCAAGGACUGACCAUUCAUUAUAUAAAAAUGAGUUUUAACCAUGUCUUGAGGCCAUAUGUUUGUUUACAUUUACAAACAUUGGAGUAAAACAAGCAUUUAUGGGGGUUCUGGCGGGGUACAAGAGUUGAACUAAACCCAUGAGGCGUUAAUACGGCAUAUUCUUCAAGUAUCAAUGCGUACAUAUUAACUUAAGUCCAAGAAUGGAUGUAGCAAAUGCAGGUUUCCCAUUUUAAGGGUUAAUUGUGUGUACAGGGCUACUGUAGUCACCCAUCAUCUGCUUGUAUGUCGGUCAGUAACAACUCCAGUCUUGGUAGUUUUACAUAACUGUUGUUGGGACUUGCAGCAUACAUUUCGCAUCUUUGUACAGACAAGCCCAAGUGACCAAUCCUCACACAACUGCAUAUUUCACUUGAACAACCUGUAUGGUUUUUGCCCUCACUUACCUCCAUUAGCAAAGUGGUGCUCUGCUAAGAAGUAUCCCCUGCAUUUUUAUGAGCUGGGAGUGUGGGCCUACAAUCCAAAAAGAGCCUGUUUCAACUUGACUGACAUUCUGAAAUAACAAUUGUCAGUGUUCUGGGUCGGGGAAGCAGCUACAUUUUAUGAAGUACUGUCAUUCUGUAAAAUGUCUAACCUUCUGAAGUCUAGAUGAUACAUGUAAUUUAGCAUUGUCCCGAGUGAUCUCUAUUAGAGCAUGCAAUGUGUGAACUGUUAGUGAGUUAGUGUACAUUGUGUGUGAAUUCUUGUGGAUGUUAAGAUUGUGUGCGCACACCGGCUGUGUUGUAGAAUCCAGUUUAUGCUAAUAAUGCAUGUCCAUUUAGUAGCCGUUUAAUUGCCUGUAAAAUAAAACAGUAAAUGGGA